AUGCAGCACGAUCCCUCCCCUUUCCUCGCACGCUUGGCGUCUCCUGCCGCCGGCCGGGCUCUGCUCUGCUCCGCUCGCACCGACCGACUGAGGGAGCGCACCCGGAGCACGAGCGCAACUUGAAUAUAACGGCAGUUAGCGGGAGACGGUUGGGGGGCGCGAGCCGCAGAGGCGCGUGUUGGAGCCGAGAAACUUUAUUCCUCAAGGGAUGGAUAAUUAUUAUACAUUGUAUGCAACUUCACCCUGACAACAACUAAAGAAAAUGGAUGUUUUCCAGACUGGUGCUAUCCUAUCUCAAAAUCCUCCUUCAGUUGAAAUAAUGUUUCUAUUCACUUGCCUUUACAUGUAACAAUAUUUUGCUGAAUUUACUAUGGAAUCUAAGGACUUUUCAUGCUUCAGUAGAAAACCAUGUGAAGUCCAAUGGAUAGCUGCAGAUACUUCUGAAGCAAACAAAGUGGAAUGUUGUGAAUUUGAAGCCCGAUGGCGAAUCUGCAAUAAUAAGAAACUGAACAAGGAUCCGGCUAUGAUUCCUGAAGCACAUAUUUCAGUUUUUCAGACUGAAGACACCAUUUCUGAUCAAAUGUUAAACUUUUCUCUCAGUGGAUUGACAUGCGAAGAGAAAUUUAAUGUUGCGAAAGUUGAUGAAUUAGAUAAUACUACCAAUACUCACUGUCUCUUCACAGAAAAAUAUAAUGGAGAUGAUGCAUUGCUGCCUAUUCCAAGCCAGAACUGGAGUUACUUUGAGUCCUUCAUAAAUGAAAAUAAAGAAGAAUUUUUAGAUCUCUGCCCAAUAAAUGACUUUUCCACUAAUUUAAUAAGUGAGGACGACAGUCACAGUUUUUUGUUUGAUGCUGAAUCAACACUAAAUAGUGAUGUCUGUUCACUGAAAAUAAGAUAUGAAUCUUUUCAGGAUAAUAUAAAAGAUAAAAAUAAUGCUCAUCAAGAUGAUGCACAGCUUCAAUUUUUCCCCAGUGCCUGUUGUAAUGGAAUAAAGAAAGAAGGGAAAACUCCCAUUAAAAAUUCUGAUUGUGUUCAGGAUGAGAAAAGGGAACAUGACAUUCCAGAACAUGCUUCAUGUGAAUUAGAAAGUAAAAAGUGUCUUAUGUCAGGUGUUUUAAUGGAUGACUGUAAAGAUGCUGAGAGUUCACUGGAUUCUGUCUGUUUAUCGUCCGGUCUACUUGAAGAUCAAGGGGAUUGGAAGUUUUUAAAGGAUAAUGCUGAUAGGUAUUCAAGUCAAAGCAAUUAUACUUUGAGGGCUAAACGGCAGAUACGUUACAGUGAUGAUUAUUUAUAUGACGUUGAUUCAUUAGAGACCAUGAAAACAUUGGGGAAAACUGAUCAUGCUACAGACACUCCGAAGGAGGAUGAUGAUGACUGGUGCCCCAGAAAAAGAAAGAAAACUGGAAAAAAGGAGCCACCUGUAAUUAUUAAAUACAUAAUUGUCAAUCGGUUUAAAGGGCACAAAAACAUGCAUGUAAAAAUUAGUAGAUUAGAUUGUACAGAGAGUCAGGUUUUAUUGACUGAUGAGGUAGAAAAAAAAUAUAAAAAACUUUCACCACUUAAAGAAUUUUGGUCUCCAGUUCCUAACUGUAAUGUGCAUCAUAAUCAAGAAAGAAAUGAUAAAAAAUUAAAAAUCUGUUCAGAUGCUGGUAUGUCUUACAUGUUCUUUGCUUCUAAAAAUAAAAAACAAAAAACACUUGCAAAUGGGACAGCGCCAUUUAAAGUAGGGCAUACUUUGAAUCACCGAAAAGACAAUGUUAUUGAAACAGUUGACUCAAACUCAAAAGUACCCAAGAAGAUACAGCAGUACGAUAAGUCUGUUUAUGAAUUUACAGAUGAAAUAGAAUUAAAACGCAUCACUAUUCGGACUGUGACUAAGGCUGGUCGGUUAAGGGACAUACACGAAAAGGAUUUAUUUCAAAAGUCAAUGAAACAAAGCAUACCUUCAAAGAAAAUGAGAGCAGAUGCUCAGUACAGUAAAGAUACCAGUAGUAGAAAUUAUUUAAAAAAUACACAUGGAAAUCCUCGAGUUCUAAGUGCAGAUGUGCACGAAAUUCAAGGUGAAUGGAAUUCUGCUGCUGGUUCUUCAGGUGACAUCAACCCUACCGAUUUGUAUUCAAGAGAUGGUGAUGGAAUAGAAACUUCUAGGGAGUUACUUUCUCCAGUUCCAGCCAGCAGUCCAGGCCAUCCUGUUACAUCUGUCUAUAAUGUACGUUCAGCUCCAAAGAUCCUUGGAGGAUAUUUCCGGACUCUGCUGGAUGGUGAUGAUUCCUCAGUGGAUGAAAGUUUCAAAAUGUCCUCACAGGAUUCCAGUACUGGUAAGCAGUUCAAUGAAGAUGGAACAGAAAACUCAUUUUCUUCUCCACAGCAGAGACAAACAUGCAACAGCUCCACAAGAUGCAAUAACGGUGAAUCAAACAUCCUUCCAUUGGAAUUUGAACCGAACAUUCAGGAAACUUGCAAUUCAAACACUAUUCAUGGUGUACCUCUACACAGAAUAAUAGACAAAGAGUUAUUUUCCUCAUGUGAGGUUGACACUGGAAAUGAAAAAGUGAAUGAAAAUCAAUUGGAUAUGAACAAUAUUGCAAAUCAAUAUGGCCUGAAGAUCUACAGUUGUCAAAAUGAAAUAAAUACCAACUUGAGUCAGAAAUUGAGUGAAGGAACAAAACAUCUCUUUACUUCAAAAGACACUCUCUGCAUUUUAGAUAUUUCAAACUUUACACCUGGAAAAGUAAAACCAACAUCUUGCUCUGAUUUUUCAAAAGAAUGUACACGAGAAAUUCCCUCCACAGUGGGAAACUCUGAUGUGAAUUCCAUGGAGCAGUCCAGCCAACAUCAAUUUCCCAUGAAGGCUUCACUACUAAAUGAAUGUUCAGAGCAAUUUCAUAUUCACAGUGAACUAUAUUCUACAAAUAUCCAGACUUGCUGCCUUAAAAGUGAGCCCACAUCUGUUUCGUCCUCACCAUAUGCAGAAUCUUCUAAUCAGUUACCAACUUCUGAUCAUGUGAGUUCAAAUAAUUAUAAAUAUUCCAAAGUUAAUAAGGCAUUUAAUAGCUUUAGAAAAGGACACGCAAAAUCAAAUACAAAGCAACGGGACAGAACUACUAUUCAAAAGUAUGAAAAUUGUAAGACUGAAAACAAAGCCAUCAAAAUAGAGAAUGUUGAAAAGACCAGUAUGUCACCAGAAAACCAUGGAAUUGUCAAAGAUGAAGAAUACUCUUCAGAUACAUUAUAUGCAAAUAGAAAAAAACAAUCCAAUAAGGCUUGUAAGCCCACAAAAGGGUUUACUAAUAAAGAUUUAGAAAUGUGUACAAAAAUGGUGAAGAAAGGUUUAAUGAGUUCAAAAAACAUGCUGUCUAUGAAGGAGGAAAAUCUAAAUGGAAAAGAUAAAUGCUGGAUUGCUCCUGCAGAGUCCAAUGAAUAUGUACCAAGUAACAUUACCAGAGGAAUCAGAUUAGUGAAUAGUGAUCAGAGAGAAUUUGAGGAACCCGGAAAUAUCCUUUCCAACAUAGUUUCUGGGAUGGCAGCAGUGAAGCAAUUUAUGAUGGCAUCAGUUGAACCAAUCUUAAAUCAGAGAGAAGUUGUUCUUCCUGCUCUAAAUCAGUAUUUGGAAGUACAAAAUAGUUCCAAGCGGAAACCCAAACCAAUCCAGUUGAUGCAUGUUGGUGUAAAAGAUAUGAAAAAUCAACCACUGCAUGUUUCUGAAUGUACCCUAGACAAUCUGGGUUUUGAUAAUUGACCUGCAGUUCACAUUGCAACUUGCUGUGUUCAAAGUGUCUUUGCUUCCAGCACCCAAAUAGCUAAUUGUAACUGUACAAGCAAUGCACUUUGUGAAGGAAAAGGAGAUUUUAUAUAUUUAAUUUGAACUUUUUUUAAUACCUCUUACUCAAAACACUGUUAUGCCUUGUUAUACUUGGAGCUCUUACUCAUUGGGGAACCCUUUUAUGUAAAUGUUAGCAUAACAUGUCGUUUGAGACUUUGGAUGUGGUAUGAGAACUAGAUUUUUUUUUGUGGUGCUAUCAGUUUAUAAAAAGUCUGCCUUUUUUGUUACACUUAAAGUAACACCGUAGGCGUAACUUUGAAGAUAUACAAAAUGUGAUUUGAUUCCAGCUACUCCAAUUUAGCAAUUUCAUGAACUUUGUUUAAAUACAAAUCUGGGAUAUAUUUCAACGUAUUUACAAUCCAAUUUUUAGUACUUUGACUGAAUUUCUUCAAAUCUACAGGUUAUCAUUGAGAAGGCUCAUCUUAAUCGCCAAGGAUUACUGUCAAGCUGUACUGUAAAUUAAAUUAAUUACUAUGA